CUAUAUAGCGAAUCAUAAACAAUUUAGAAUGACGGGAAUUUGUUCUAUUUUUGUAAGCACAAGUAAACUUGUGCUAUUAUUUCGAAUCUCUAACCUCUAUGUCCUUUGUAGAAUAUCUCAAUUCCAUUUUCUGCAUUGCUAUUAUUAAUGAUUCCACACCGCUUAAUAUGUUUCUAUAGAUUGCCUGUCUCCGCUCUAGUCUUUCCACUUCGUUAUAGCCGUUGUCAUGGAUUAUUCUGUUUGUUAAAAUUAUUUUUUAUGCUUUGUGUUCGAUUUUUUUUUGACUUUAUUGAGUUAAAUACUUAG